GAAAAUUCGCGAAGGUUCCUGAAGCGAAAGCGGUCCUUUCCGGAAGCCGGCAGCCGCCCCAGCCUUCGGACUGGUGGUUGCAACGCAGCGUCUUGCGGUUGCCGGCUUUUGGGCCGGACUGGUACCGGUGGGGAAAGACAUGGCCCUGCUGUGCUACAACCGGGGCUGCGGCCAGCGCUUCGAUCCCGAGGUCAAUGCCGACGAUGCUUGCACAUACCACCCAGGUGUUCCAGUUUUUCAUGAUGCAUUGAAGGGUUGGUCUUGCUGUAAGAGGAGAACAACUGAUUUUUCUGAUUUUUUAAGCAUUGUAGGCUGUACAAAAGGUAGACAUAAUAGUGAAAAGCCACCUGAGCCCGUCAAACCUGAAGUCAAGACUAGUGAGAAGAAAGAACUGUCUGAAUUGAAACCCAGAUUUCAGGAGCACAUCAUUCAAGCCCCUAAACCAGUAGAAGCAAUAAAGAGGCCAAGCCCAGAUGAACCAAUGACAAACUUGGAAUUAAAAGUGUCUGCCUCCCUAAAACAAGCACUUGAUAAACUUAAACUAUCAUCAGGUAAUGAAGAAAAUAAGAAAGAAGAAGACAGUGAUGAAAUUAAGAUUGGGACCUCAUGUAAAAAUGGAGGGUGUUCAAAGACAUAUCAGGGUCUACAGAGUCUAGAAGAAGUCUGUGUAUAUCAUUCUGGAGUACCUAUUUUCCAUGAAGGGAUGAAAUACUGGAGCUGUUGUAGAAGAAAAACUUCUGAUUUUAAUACAUUUUUAGCCCAAGAGGGCUGUACAACAGGGAAACAUGUGUGGACUGCAAAGGAUACUGGGAAGAAAGUUGUUCCAUGUAGACAUGACUGGCAUCAGACUGGGGGUGAAGUCACCAUUUCAGUAUAUGCUAAGAAUUCACUUCCAGAACUUAGUCAAGUAGUAGCAAAUAGUACAUUGUUAAAUGUGCACAUUGUAUUUGAAGGAGAGAAGGAAUUUCAUCAAAAUGUGAAAUUAUGGGGUGUGAUUGAUGUAAAGCGAAGUUACGUAACUAUGACUGCAACAAAGAUUGAGAUCACCAUGAGAAAAGCUGAACCUAUGCAAUGGGCAAGCCUUGAAUUGCCUGCAACCAAAAACCAGCAAAAACAAAAAGAAGAUAAAACAGAAUAAACUGAGAGGGAAUAAAAAGUGUUUGCCUAUUUCAGAAUUCUUACUAUGUGGUGAUGUGGUGGCUUGCUGCUGUAAUCUUUUAUUCUGUUAAUGUUGUUACUGUUGAAUCUGGUAUUUCAGGGUCAACAGUAGGUUCUUAAAAGCCAAAGUCAUUUUAUCUUUUUGUGCCUCCCAUUUUCCUUUUGAGUUACCUAAGAUUGAUUAUUCAUUUCUUCUCCCUUAGUUGUGUCCUAUACUUGAAGAAGCUAGAAAAUAGCUCAUAAACAGUUACAAUAUUUCUUAGUGUAAUAUUAUGUUAAGCCAAGAAACAUAAAGUAACAUUUGUUCAUUUCUUUCUAUUCCAUAAUUAGUAAAGCAAGAUGGAAUGUCAAAAAUUUUAAUUAGUUUUCUCAUGAGUUUGUGUUCCUAUGAUACUUGAAAAUCUUUAAAGAAGAGAGAAAGCUCUGCAAUAUUUUUUCCACUCGGGACGGUUACUUUCUGUGGGAGGUAUAAAUAAUUCUGAGGUAGUGUAGUAAGUAAAGAGGAAUAUGUGCAUUGAUUAACAAAUUAGAAUUUGUUUACAACUAAUUGAAAUAAAAAACUAUAUCAAUACCUAUAUUACUUGCCAAGCAGUAUGAUUUAAGAGUAUAAGAAACAAGUAUAGAGGUGUCAAUUUGGUUAAAAUUUACCAUUUUAUAAAACUAAGCAAUAAUGUUAAAUAUCUCUUUAUUAUUUAUAAGGUCUUGGUAUGAUGUUAUGACUAAAUUGUAUCUGAAUUAUAGCUACACCCUCUUACAAUCUUGAAUUAUGUAUAAAGAGAAACUAAAUACAUAUCUGGCCUCCCUGAUGGAAUACUAUAAAAUUAUAGAUUAAAAGGCUUAUGGAAAUACAUUAGAGUAUCAGAAAACGAUUUAAGCUUUGCUUUAUGACAGCUGUCUGUUACAUGUUAAAUAAAAUAGCUUAAUUGUU